AUGGCCAAGAGCAGCAGCAAGAGUGCCUAUCUAUCCAAGUACUUGGACCAUGACGACGACGACGACAAUGAUGGCUCUUCCAAAAAGAAGAGAAAAAAGGAAAGCAAAAAGAAGAAGAAGAAAAAGGACAAAGGAAAAGUGCGGAUGCGUGUCCACGACAGCGACGAGGAAGACUCUGUGCUAAAGAGAAAUGUAGAUUACGAAGAUGACGAAGAAGACGAUGGUCCUCUGGUGGUGAAUGCACCCGAAAUGGAAGAGGAAGCGGCUGCUACAGCACAAUCUCGGAGGGGCAAGUGGGACGAUGAAGAAGAUGACAAGCAGAAAGAUGAUGAUGGCCGCCCCAUGAGAGAGCGUCAUGACUCGGAUGACAGUAAUUCGGAGGGUGGGGAUAACAGAAGACGACAACGCUAUGACAGUGGUAGUGACUCAGACAAGGAAGACAGGAGGAGCGGAUCAGCCAAAAACGAUACUGAUGAGUCUCCAAAAGGCAGGAGACACCAAAGAUAUGAUUCUGACAGCGAAGACAGCAAGAAGCAAAGUGGCAGCCACAGUGACGACCAGAAAGAAUCAUCCAAGAGCAAUGGGAGACGGAAUCGAUAUGACAGCAGUGACGACGAAAAUGAUGAUAAUCGUAGACAAAGGAGCGAUAGUCGACAAAAAAGAUAUGACAGCAGUGACGAUGAUUCACAAAAGAAGAGCAACAACAGCAAAAGGAAACAACGAUAUGACAGUGAUGAUGAUGGUGAUCAACCAAGUGACAAUUCACAAGAAAAGAGCCGUAAAAGCAAGAGACGAAAACGAUAUGACAGUGAUGGUGACGACAGCAGCCGAGCAUCAUCGUCCAAGAGGAGAUCCAGAAGACAGAGAAAUGAUAGUGACAGUGACGGCAGUGUCGAUUCCAAAGGACGACAAGCGAAAAUGUCGUCUGGUCACAAGGCAGGGUUGCAAAAAGGAAAACAAUUCUCAAAAGCCGAAGCUGAAAUACAAGCCCAACGAAAACAAGAUGUCGACCAAAUGGUACAAGAACACGGCAUGGGAGAAACCGUCUUUCGAGAUGCGGAUGGGAAACGAAAGCCACAAGAGGAAAGUGAAAGCGCUGAAGCGGUGGCAUUGCGGGCGAAGCAACAACGCUAUUUACUCAAUCAGGGCAGUGCCCAACGACAAGCCCAUGAAGAAGCCUAUCAAGAGCGUCAAAAAUUGGCACAAUCCUCUUUUGCACGAACGGCCGAUGAUGUGGAUCUAGAAGCUUCUCAAAAGAAUGAAAUUCGAAAGGGAGAUCCCAUGGCACAGUACAAUAAUACAAGCAACAAUGGCGGCAAGAGCAAGGGCACGGCAUCAUCAUCAGGCUCGGGCAAACCAACCUACAAGGGACCACCGGCACCACCCAAUCGCUACGGCAUUCCACCGGGAUAUCGAUGGGAUGGACAUCAUCGAGGAAAUAACUUUGAACGAAAGCUUCUAGCGCAGAAGUUUGCAAAGCAACACGAAAAGGAACAAGCCUAUCGGUACUCUGCGGCUGACAUGUAGUCUUUGGGCUACAAUGAAGAUAGCAAUAGUUACGAGGAAACGAAUAAGCGACUGAGCUACUCUAGCUAGAGCCCACACCCCCGACAAUUCUUCCUGGUUCUGACGCGUACAUAAUCUAUCUAUUUUCUCGCUAGGAUAGGUCUAUCGCUCGUGUCGUUUCCUUUCCACCGCUGAGUCGAGUCCAUUGGCAGCCUCUAGCAUGAACAAAGGUAGAUUCGAAGCGGAAUUUGCAAGACGCCCUUCUUCAUCUGCAAGACUCUCUUCUGCUCCUCUUGGUACACCAGACCUACAGUACAGUACCAUCCUCAAAUUGUUUGUUUCUAUGGGUCUCAGCGGUGGAUUGCUUUUGGUUCAGGCCAAUUUUCUAGAAAGAAAGCACAAUGUCCUCGCCGGGCUUGACGUCUACCAGCUCCAUAUUAUCGUUGAGUUUGGACUUGGCCAAGCGCUGUUGGAACUCAUCGGGAGAGCCCACUUCCGAAACGAGGCUUCCUACCGGACCUUCGAUAUCAAUAUCGCCAUUCUGCAUGGGAACCAGGUACUUUGGUCUCAGUGUCUCCAGCAGACGAAUGGUAUCACUGGGUCCAUGGACCAAUUCAAAUGCCGGCAGACCCUGACCACUGAUUGGUGAAAUGACUACGUCAACCGGGGCAAACCUCGACAGCUCUCGCUCUUUGAAUUCCACAUGGGGCUCUAUGUAAAUGGACGGACCGCUGGACUUGCCAGUAGUAGAUUGUGUGGACGACUCACUUCUCAGAAUGUAUCCAUUCUCUCGUCGCUGCCAUGGUGGUCCUACCCGGGCUCCUUUGGUGGCCACUACACCCAGUGUUGACGUAUUGUCUUUGCUGCUUCGAGACUGGAUGACUGCUUCAUCUCCAUGAUAGAGAAAUUGAACUUGGGAAGAAGAAUCUGUGGAGAGGAACCCGGCCGCUUUCAAUGCCCCCUUGGCCGAUGGAGGUGCUAAAAUCGGCACGGUGGGGUCCAACGAGUGAAUUUUUUGCAGAGUGCGCACAUGGGCAUGGUCGUCCAGUCCUUGGGUAAUCAAAAUGCCGUCAAUGGGUGGAAGUGCGUCUGUGAGCCCAGAUGGUGGGAUGACACGCUUCUUUCCUUGGUACAGACUGGGA